AUGAAAUCCCUCCGCAUUUUGGCCCCUUACGCGCUUCUAAUCCUGUGUGGAUUGGUUAACUGGAGCCAUUCCCAUCCUACACCUGGCAUCUCCGACCUCGAAGAAGAUGUGGCCAAUUCCUUGGGUGGAAACAUGCGCAGUGACAAAAAUCUUAGUGGCGUAGCAAAAGCUGCCCUUGCUGACGAUAAACCUACCCUGAGUCAUACGCCGGAUCCUUCAUCAAAAAUGCUACAAGGUGUCACGCUUGAUACAGAAAAAAACAAACCAAGCGCAAAACCUAGCAAAGAUUCCAAAUCAUUUUCCGGUUCUGAUGCCGAAGCUAAUCAAACCAACAAAGCCACCCAACCAAAAAAACUGACUCAAGAAGAGAAGAAAAAAUUAAUUCUUGAAAAGCUCCGCAUGAUCUUCUUGACUUGGCCAGCCAAAGUUUGGAAAUAUAUCAAACAAUGGAUUGCAAAGACAAACUUCUUUAAACCCAAGGCGAAAAAACCUAUCAUUUCUCUAAAAGAUAAGUUCAAGAUUCCGUGGCCCAAACCCAAGACAUCAUCAGGGCCAAAUCUGAGCCCGGCAGAAGAAACACCAGACAAGUUAUCAGUCCGAGCAUCUCAAGACAAGCCCACACAUUCAAAAGAUGAAGAAUUUCAAGAGGAUACUCGUGGAGACCAGUCUUUUUCGCAUUCUAGCCAAUUAAACAAUAUCAGAUAUACUCCGGAUGGAAUACCUUACCUGUGUACUAGUACAGAUCCUAAGGUGUGUGACCGACCAUACAAAUUAAUCAUAUGGUCGGCUAGGUACCCAAAUGGAUCAUACAAAGGUCUGCAGACGCAGAAGAUUGACUGUGUUCACAAAGCCUGCGACGGUACACACCAGAUUCCCGCAAAAGGUUAUUUGAAGGAUCCCAAACCCAAGACAUCAUCAAGGCCAAAUCUGAGCCCGGACGAAGAAGCACUGAUCAAGUCGUCAAUCCAAACACCCGAAAGGAAGCCCACACAUUCAAUGGAUGAAGACGUCCAACAGGAUAUUCCAGGAGCCCAGUCUGUCCCACAUUCUAGCCAAUUAAAUAACCACAGAAAUACUCCUGAUGGAACUCCUGAUAACACACCUGUUGGGUCACCCAGGCAUUAA